AGCUCCGGUCCCGGUGGCCAGGCGCGCGCCGCCGACCUCCCCCGCACCUCCCAGCUCAGCGGCCUCCAGACCCCCGCGCCGUUGGAGCGACCCAGGCGCUCGGACCGACCGAGGGCAGCCGGAGGAGGCGGGCGCUGGGGAGAGCCGCGGGGCUUAACCGAGGCGGUCCUGCGCGCCCGAGUAGGCGGAGUGACAGAGUCACCUGAGAAAGCCAGACAGCUACCUAGCUGCGUCCACUCCCGCCGGAGCUCCGCAGCCAGACUAGUGGUGGUCCAGGCCCGGGAGCCCGCGUCACACCGGUGAGGACAGGCCACAUCCAGCGGCUGGACAUGGCCACACCGUUCCUACCCGCAGGGGCCACCACGGGCGACAGUGGUGGGGAACUAAGCUCCGGGGACAACUCCGGUGAGAUGGAAUUCCCCCAGACCGAGGCGUCCCGGAGCCUGGCCCAGCAGUUUGAGAAGGCUGCUGCCCACGUCCAAGGCCUGAUUCAGGUGGCCAGCAGGGAGCAGCUCCUGUACCUGUAUGCCAGGUACAAGCAGGUCAAAGUUGGAAAUUGCAAUAUUCCUAAACCAAACUUCUUUGAUUUUGAAGGAAAGCAAAAAUGGGAAGCAUGGAAAGCCCUUGGUGACUCGAGCCCCAGCCAAGCAAUGCAGGAAUAUAUCGCAGCAGUUAAAAAGCUGGAUCCAGGAUGGAAUCCUCAGGUAUCAGAGAAGAAAGGAAAAGAAGCCAAAAGUGGUUUUGGUGGGCCAGUCGUUAGUUCUCUGUAUCAUGAAGAAACAAUCAGGGAAGAAGACAAAAAUAUAUUUGAUUACUGCAGAGAAAACAACAUUGACCAUGUCACCAAAGCCAUCAAAUCGAAAACUGUGGACGUGAACAUGAAGGACGAAGAGGGCAGAGCUCUGCUCCACUGGGCAUGUGACCGAGGACACAAGGAACUAGUGACAGUCUUGCUACAGUAUGAAGCUGACAUUAAUUGUCAGGACAAUGAAGGUCAGACAGCUCUUCACUAUGCUGCUGCCUGUGAGUUUUUGGACAUUGUGGAGCUGCUGCUCCAGUCUGGCGCUGACCCCACUCUCCGAGACCAAGACGGCUGUCUGCCAGAGGAGGUGACGGGCUGCAAAGCGGUUUCCCUGGUACUGCAGCGGCACAGCGCAAGCAAGGCUUGAUCCAAAGACUGGAAAGGCACAUUCUGGCAGAAUAGGACUUCAGGGAUGAAAGGAACUGCAAAAUAAUACUUCUUUUACCACCCAUCUUUGGUAUGCAUUGGCUAAUAAAAUCAGUUCUGAGGGACUGGGAUACUGACGUCUCAGCAAUUCAUUCUCCAUGCAUACAUGCUGGGGGUACAGUCCUGGGGGUGAACGCGUGUACUGUGCAUAAUAUAAUCCAAUUCUGCCGAGCAU